CCUUCCUCAAAAUCGGGGUUUGAAUUUGAUUUCUUUCUGUCUUCUCUGGUGUUUUUUUUUAUCUUUUUGUGGGAACUCAAGAGUUAGGUUACCUGUCACCGGGUGAGUAAUAAGAUCUAUGUUUUGAGAGCUGCACACUUGAAGAUUUCAAAUAUGGCGGCGAGAAAUCUUCAAGUGUGAUUGAUCCCGACCCAGUGGCCUUAAUAGUUGUUUGUUUCCCGUCGUGUCUCCACCAGCUCGUUACAUGAUCUCAUUAUGUUUCUCCGUGUUUCCUGUCACGCAGGGCCCUUUAUCUCCCCUUUUCACCCUACCGUGCUUUGGACCUGCUGUAGCAUUUAUUCUACUCUCAGAAACCCACCGAAUAAACCUCCUAAUAACGCGUCUCUCCCGUUUGUAGAGAACGGGGACGAAAGCAGCAGCGAUGAGUCGAACCCCAGCCCGGCUGCAGAGGGCAGCCCGCUGCCGUCAGACGUGAUGAAGUUAUGCGGCGACUCCCGUCCGAGAAACAAGGCUCGUAGGAGGACCGCCACCCAGAUGGAGCUUCUCUACGCCACCACAGGAGAUCCGCCUUUCGACUCUCCCCCCGGAGACUUCUCGGGUCCCUUGCUUCCCCUCGCCGAGCACCAGGGCGGGUCGGCGGAUCCAGGCCGCGAAUCCCCGUCUUCUCUCUCGGCUCCCAAGGCCGGCGUCUUCCGCUCGAGGUCACCGACGAGCGGUGUUGAGAGGAAGCAGCUCGAGCGCUCUCCUCUCACCCGCAGGAAAAUGCAAGAAAAGGCAACGGCCGCAGCUGGGGAUGCCAAAACGCGAGCAAAUGACUCCAAAACACCAUCGGAUGAAUCACCUGUAUUUGAUGGCCAAAGGUACGCUUCUUUCUUCACCUUUAUUUG